GCCUGCGCAGUGUGACUGGGAUGGCGCAUUUUCUUGCAACGAGUAAUGCGGCGUCGCUAGCGGCUGAGGAGGGCGGAGAGUUCUGUGGUGAAGUUGGAGAAGGGAUUCAUGUAGGCGUCGGAAGGAGCCUUGAUCUGAACUACAAAGAGGGAAGUUGAUGCUGGAUACUUUUAUUCCCGGAGUGGCAACGGAAAGUCGUGAGAUCACCGUGGAACAAUCAUCUUUGAAAUUUGGAAACAAUGGAGAAGAGUCAAGAAAAUGUCCAAAGAAUUCUUCUAGAACCCUACAGGUACUUACUUCAGUUACCAGGUAAGCAAGUAAGAACAAAACUUUCACAGGCAUUUAAUCAUUGGCUGAAAGUUCCAGAAGACAAAUUACAGAUUAUCAUUGAAGUGACAGAAAUGUUGCAUAAUGCCAGUUUACUAAUUGAUGAUAUUGAGGACAAUUCAAAACUUCGACGUGGCUUUCCUGUAGCACACAGCAUCUAUGGAAUUCCAUCUGUCAUCAAUUCUGCCAAUUAUGUAUAUUUCCUUGGUUUAGAGAAAGUCUUAACCCUUGAUCACCCAGAUGCAGUGAAGCUUUUUACCCGCCAGCUUUUGGAACUCCACCAGGGACAAGGCCUAGAUAUUUACUGGAGGGAUAAUUACAUUUGUCCCACUGAAGAAGAAUAUAAAGCCAUGGUGCUGCAGAAGACGGGUGGACUGUUUGGACUCGCAGUAGGUCUCAUGCAGUUGUUCUCUGACUACAAAGAAGAUUUAAAACCACUGCUUAAUACACUUGGACUAUUUUUCCAAAUUAGAGAUGAUUAUGCCAACCUUCACUCCAAAGAAUAUAGUGAAAACAAAAGUUUUUGUGAAGAUCUGACAGAAGGAAAGUUCUCAUUCCCUACUAUUCAUGCUAUUCGGUCGAAGCCUGAAAGCACCCAGGUGCAGAACAUCUUGCACCAGAGAACAGAAAAUAUAGAUAUUAAAAAAUACUGUGUCCAGUAUCUUGAGGAUGUAGGUUCUUUUGAAUAUACUCGGAAUACUCUUAGAGAACUUGAAUCUGAAGCCUAUAAACAAAUUGAGGCAUGUGGUGGAAAUCCUGAGCUAGUAUCUUUAGUAAAGCACUUAGGUAAGAUGUUCAAAGAAGAAAAUUAAUAAUGUUAAGCCAUUCUUGAUUGAUACAUGCAACUUAUUUUGUUGGGUUUUUUUUGUCUUUUAACCCAUCACUAUUAGCUUUUUACAAAUUUGGACCAACCUGUUAAUGGCCAAAAACUGAAAAAAUAGGAGUGAGAUGAGUGAAAUUAUUUCAGUGUAGAAACCUAUCCAUAUAUAUAAUACAAAGUCAAAAGAAUCAAAAGGAGCCACAUUUUUAUAGGUCUAAUUUAAAUGUUAGGACUUCUUCUAGGAGGUCAUUGUGACCAUCUGUCCCCCACUACAACAAAUGUUCUGUUGAUCUUGUCAAUAUCAAAGACUUUAGCUUCGAGGAAUUUUUAUCUAGAUCCUGCCUUACUACUACUAUAGGCCGUUCUCUAUCACCUCCAAUGUCAAACCAGUGACUACAUGAGACCAGUGUCUUUAGCUAACUGUCCCAAAGACCACACCACUGCUUUCUUGAAUGCUGCUACUAAACAUCCUCUCUGGAAGCCCUCUUACAAAGUCUUCUGGGAGAAGGCUGAGUGAAAAAUAGUAACCAGGUCCUUUUUGUUGCCCUUUACCUUUUUUUCUCUUCAUCUCCAUCCCACAAAUCUCUUUUAACUAAGGAAUCUCCACCUAAUGAAAUCCACACGUUAGCU